AUGCCAAACCCAAAACCCAUAGCCUUUAUCUUGAUUUUCAUCAAUGUAGUAGCUUUAGUGACCUCCAAAUCCACCAUUGAACCCUGCUCUAACUCUGACUCCUGCAAUGCUCUUCUUGCCUACACACUGUACACAGACCUCAAAGUCUCAGAAGUGGCCUCCCUCUUCCAAAUUGACCCAAUAGCUCUCCUCACAGCCAACGCCAUCGACAUCUCCUACCCAGAUGUCGAAAACCACAUCCUCCCUUCACAACUCUUCCUCAAAAUCCCCAUUACUUGCUCUUGUGUUGAUGGAAUCCGCAAAUCCGUCUUGACCCACUACAAAACAAGGCCUUCAGAUACAUUAACUUCCAUUGCAGACUCAAUUUAUUCAGGUUUGGUUUCUGCGGACCAGAUACAGGAGGCGAAUUCAAUUGAUGAUCCUUCAGUGCUUGACGUGGGGCAGAGCCUUGUUGUUCCUUUGCCUUGUACUUGUUUUAAUGGGACGGAUAAUUCGUUGCCUGCUAUUUAUUUGUCUUAUGUUGUCAAGGAGGUGGAUACUCUGGCUGCCAUUGCUGCGCGGUACGCAACUACACUUACUGAUUUGAUGAAUGUUAAUGCCAUGGGGAGUACAUCAAUUAAGGCUGGCGAUAUACUUGCCGUGCCAUUGCCAGCCUGUGCUUCCAAGUUUCCAAGAUAUGCUUCUGAUUUUGGUUUGAUUGUGCCAAAUGGGAGCUAUGCUGUCUCUGCAAGUCACUGUGUCCAAUGCAGUUGUGGACCUGGAAACCUCAAUUUGUACUGCACGCCUGCUUCCUUGGCAGUUUCUUGUUCGAGCAUGCAAUGUAGGAAUAGCAAUCUCAUGCUUGGGAAUGUUACAGUACAGCAGAGCAGUGCUGGAUGCAAUGUAACUUCUUGUAGCUAUGGUGGAUAUGUCAAUGGCACUAUUAUAACCUCGCUGUCAGUGUCUCUUCAACCUCGAUGUCCAGGGCCACGACAAUUUCCUCCCCUGGUAGCUCCACCUACAAAAGUGAUCAGGGAUGCAAGUUUUGCUCCAGCACCUGCACCACAGUCGGAUGGUUCUGGUACAUCAACACCCAAGACAGGAGUUGUGCCAACUACUGGAUCACUUCCUGGAUUACCUCCAGCAAGUGGCCCAAUUGGAAGUACUUCUGUUUCUUUCUCAGUCAAUCCAUCAGCCACUCUUAUAAUUGCAGCUGUGCUAUUCUUUUUGGCCAUGGUCUCCCCUUCAUUGUAG